AUGGCGAAGGGUAUCUUCUCUAGCUUGAAGGGCGUCGAUGCCUUUGGCAAGACGAUGGAGGAUGUGAAGAUCAAGACGCGAACGGGCGCGUUCUUGACUUUGCUAUCCGCCGCACUUAUCCUGGCAUUUACGACUAUGGAAUUCAUCGACUACCGCAGAGUGUACAUCGACACCUCUGUCGUCGUCGACCGCUCGCGCGGUGAGAAGCUGACAGUACACAUGAACGUCACCUUUCCCCGCGUACCCUGUUACCUUCUCUCGCUGGACGUGAUGGACGUUUCCGGUGAAGUGCAACGCGAUAUUUCUCACCACAUCCUCAAAACCCGCCUCACGAACGCCGGUACACCUGUUCCGAACUCCGCCAUCGCCGAAAUGCGCAACGAAAUCGACAAGCUGAACGAGCAGCGCUCCGACGGCUACUGUGGAUCUUGCUACGGCGGCACACCACCUGAAUCCGGCUGCUGUAACACUUGCGACCAAGUCCGAGCGGCCUACGUUGCCCGCGGCUGGUCUUUCGGCAACCCCGGGCAGAUCACGCAGUGUGUGGAGGAACACUGGAGCGAGAGGCUCGCGGAGCAAAGCGCGGAAGGAUGUAACAUUGCCGGACGCGUACGCGUGAACAAGGUUGCUGGCAACAUCCAGCUCUCGCCCGGUCGUUCGUUCCAGAGCGCCGCGUCCAACAUCUACGACUUGGUACCGUACUUAAAGGAGGAUGGCAACCGCCACGACUUCAGCCAUACCAUUCACCGCUUCCAGUUCUCUGCCGAUGAUGAGUACAACCCGAACCGCGCAAAGGUCGCCGCGCGUUUGCGCGAGUCACUCGGUAUUGAGAGCAACCCUCUCGACGGAUACCUCGCUCGCACGUCGAAGGCCCAGUACAUGUUCCAAUACUUCCUCAAGGUCGUCAGCACGCAGUUCAAGGCGCUGAACGGACAGAAGGUCAACAGUCACCAGUACAGCGUUACGCACUUCGAGCGUGAUUUGAGUAAGGGCCACGGAGAUGCUACGACGGAGGGUGUACAGGUUCAGCAUCAGGGUGCUGGAAUCCCGGGCGCGUUCUUCAACUAUGAGAUCUCGCCUAUACAGGUUCGCCAUGUCGAGGAGCGCCAGUCGUUUGCGCAUUUCCUCACUUCAACAUGCGCCAUCGUCGGUGGUGUGCUCACAGUAGCGAGCAUCGUCGACAGCGUACUCUUCGCCACACAACGCACACUGAAGAAGAAGAGCGGUGUCGCGAGCGGGAACGGCCACUCGAACGGCAAGCUCAUGUAA